GAGCGGAAAUCGAUUAAUUUUGAGUGCCGAUAUUGAUGUACAUUUGAGUGAUGCUAAUGUUUUAGCCGAUCAACAUGUCGCCGGUGAAGUAGUAAGAUUAUUCCUUCUUUCAAAUUAUAAAGUCGUCAACUCAAUUACUCAAUUAUUUUUACAGCUUGUGAGCAUGGACAAGCAGAAAACUGAUUCAAUCGAGUCGAAAAUUGAUAACUCACAAGUCGCGGAUGAAGAGGUUAGUACCGAAGCAUACGAAUUCGAUGACAUAAUUGAUUAUGACCCGGUUUCUGACGAUGAUGAGGCAAUUGAUGAGGGAGGUCAUGAAAUACAGAUUGAUGAAAAUGAAGAGACAUAUGAUGCGCUGGAUCGUAUUUUCAAAAGCACUGGUUUGAACAGUUCAAGAAUUGAGGCAAAUGUUUUAUUCGACGGUACGUUACAAGUGGAAGAAGUUACUGGUGGAUCUAUUUGUGAGCCUCCGCAACAAAAUUUCAAAUGUGGUUCGUGCGACAAAACUGAGAUGCACGUCGACACAUCUGAUGGUUCCGAAAAUAAAAAGAAUUGCUGUCCGUAUUGCUUUAAACUUCAGAGUAAAUUGGCACGGCAUAUCGUUGAUUUACAUACCGAAGAAGCAGAUGUUCAGAAUCUGCUGAAAUUCGAUAUAGGGUCAAAGGAACGGAAAAAGAUGCUUGACGCGCUCAAGAAACGAGGCAACACACGGUUUAACACCGAUCCUAAAAUCAACAAAGGGAAAAAGAUGAUAGUGAGUCGAAGACCGAACAGUAAAUUCAAGCGAACUGGAAAGGACUUCAGAAUAUGCGCAUUUUGUCUGGGUACUUACUCAAUGACUAGUACACGACAACAUAUUUGCACAAGAAAAGCUGCGAAAGGCGACCGUUCAUUAAUUAAUCUCAGUCGAAUGGUUGAAGGACGUUGGCACAAAGAUGCGUCGAAGGCUCUACAAACGGCAAUGUCUGGUUUCAACGAGGACGAUAUCGCGACAUUAGCAAAAUACGAUUGGCUAAUGAUUACGUUCGGAAACUCGUUUUGUGAGCAGCUUGACACUCUUCGCCAGCAGAAAUUGGUUCGGCAGCAGUUAAGAAUCCUGAGUCGGCUGCUGAUUGAAGUGAAAAAUAAUGAAGCAACAGUCACCGACUUCGCAUCUAUUUUUCAAACAAACUUCGUUGAUUCCGUCAUCGCAGCGAUUCGUGUCAUUGGCCGGUUCAAUUCAACAACGAAUUACUUCAAAUCACCAUCACCAGCAACAAACUUAGUUACUUUGGUAAAAAAGGUCGGGCUCCUGCUGCGUGAUGAAUGCAUAGCGAAUAAAAACAAACAACUGAAAGAGCAGACAGAAGACUUCAUAGCUUUGUUCACCUCUAGAUCUACAAUAAAAAUCAACAAGCUGGCAGCAAAAUCGCGAGCGAAAAUGUCGUUAGAGAGAGUCGAAACAAUGCCUACAACUGAUGAAAUUAAUAAAUUCCAAGAAUUUUUAAAUCGAAAAUGCGAUGAAUAUUGCCAGUUAUUGAAUGCCGGAUCUUUUGCUGAUGAAAGAGAAUUUUCAAGAACGUGGAUCAAGCUGGUGGAGGUGACGUUAGUGUCGAUUAUGAUGUUCAACCGUCGUCGUGUCGGUGAAAUGCAACUAUGUGAAAUAUCGAACUAUAUCCGCAGGGAGAAGGUAACACAGGAUUCGAAGGAUCUGCUUUUCAUGACUCUUUCUAAUGAAUCGAAGAAAAGAGUAAUGCGAUACAGCCGGAUGGUAAUGCUUGGUAAGCGACAUGUACCUGUUGCGGUGUUGCUCAAUCCAGACAUUGAGAACCGCAUCGAUAUAAUUCUGAAGUUUCGGGAAGCAGCUGGAGUGCCUUCAACGAAUCAAAUAUUAUUCGCCUUGCCAUCAUCGUUUGAAGAAAAACCGAGAAUCGUCGAUGCAUGUGCCGCCUUGAGAAAACUUACAGUUGAGUCUGGAAUUGACAAUCCUAAAGAUAUAAGAGGAACGAAAAUGAGGAAGCAUUUUGCUAACUUCUGUGCCGCAAAGGGGAUCAACGAUAACACUGUCACCGAUGUUGCGAAUUUCAUGGGUCACAGCGUUGAUAUACACAAAAAGUUUUAUCGCGGGAACGCCUUGGAUCGACAAGUUGCCCGAAUAUCUGAACUGCUCGAAGAAUCGUCGGGUCAAUCUGUUAGUGAAGUUGUCAAUGUUCCAAUUAAGCAUGUGGCACGCAAAAGAGCGCCAAAAGCUCAAAUCGAAAAAUCUAUUGGUUCAAGUAUUGACAAGCAGCGCCAAAGACAAUCACUAACUCAACAAACCGAUACUAACUUUAAUCCAACUGUGGUUAUGAAACUAAAGAAACAACCGACAACUCGAGACAAUAACAGGAUGCCGACAAACAGUACUCGUAAACCUGAGAGUAAUUUUGUCAACAACAAGCGUAAAAAUCCUUCAGCUCGAUCAAGUAAGUACACCUUCACGAAUUUAACCUUUCACAGCCGACGAUCACUUUCAUAAUAGCUAUCGAUUCGUUUGAAUCAUAAGUUUUGAGUUUUUCAGUUACCAGCUUGUCUUUUGUAAUUGAUUUUGUCGUUGUUGUCGA